AUGACUGGCGAAAACGAGGUUACCUCACAGGUAUCCAACUACUCAGAAACUGAUAUCAAAGUCGACGAUGGUGCAGACAAGCUGGAAGCUUUGGAGAAACUCCACGGAGUAGAUCUUGAUGAGUAUUUUCUGAAGUUCGAGCAACUGUACCAAGAGUCGCAGCAGAACAUGAGUUUUUACGAUAGGAUGGUUUCCACAGAGAUAAAAGUCCAUUUCCAAAACAAAAAACACAUGGUGUACAUGCUUGCGUUUUUUGCAUCGAUGGCAGGAAUUCUUUCUGGUUGUGAUCAAUCGUUGAUUUCCGGUGCUGCUCUGCAAUAUCCAAGCGCUCUCCAUAUGGAUAGUCAUGAACAAUCGCUGGUUUCGUCUCUCAUGCCUCUUGGUGCUGUUGCUGGUUCCAUUCUCAUGUCUCCUUUGAACGAGGCUAUUGGAAGAAGAACCUCUAUUAUUGGGUCCUGUAUCGCUUAUACUCUUGGUGCAGCAUUGUGUGCUGGUUCCAGGGACGGUGGUAUGCUCUAUGCUGGUAGAUUUAUUCUAGGUAUCGGUAUCGGUUUGGAAUCGGUUGUACCAGCCUAUGUAUCUGAAUGUGCUCCUAGUGCCUACCGGGGUAACAUGGUUUCUCUGUACCAGUUUAACAUCGCUCUUGGUGAAGUUUUUGGCUAUUCUAUUGCGGCAAUGUUUGAAGACGUACACGGAGGAUGGAGGUUUAUCUUUGGUUCUUCCUUGGUGUUUUCCACGAUCCUAUUCAUUGGUAUGUUCUUCCUGCCGGAAUCUCCCAGAUAUCUCGUCCAUAAAGGUAAAGUUGGUUUGGCCUACGGUGUUUGGAAGAGACUUCGUGAUAUGGACGAUGUCGCCAAUAAGAUCGAAUUUCUGGACAUGACCCAACAAUUGGAACAGCAAGAGGCUGCUGAAGGCCACACAAAUAAGAAGAUGAUGUGGUUGGACUUCUUCACUGUGCCAAGAUGUAGGAGAUCUCUUAUCUAUGCCAACAUCAUGAUCAUUCUGGGCCAGUUCACAGGUGUGAAUGCCGUGAUGUACUACAUGUCUACCUUGAUGAAAAAUAUUGGUUUCAGCGACAAGAAUGCUGUGAACAUGUCGCUCGUUGGAGGUGCAGCCUUGCUCUUUGGUACCAUUCCUGCGAUCAUGUACAUGGAUACUUGUGGCAGAAGAUUCUGGGCCAACUCCAUGUUGCCUGGGUUCUUCAUAGGUUUGAUUUGUGUUGGUGUUGGCUAUUUGAUUCCAAUUGAGAAUCGGGCUUCCAAAGGUGUUUACCUGACUGGAGUCAUUCUCUAUAUGGGAUUCUUCGGCUCGUAUGCCUGUUUGACCUGGGUCGUACCGGCAGAGGUGUAUCCUACGUAUCUGAGAUCCUACGGUAUGACAUGCUCUUCGAGUUUGCUUUAUCUAUGUUCAUUCAUCAUCACUUACAACUUCACCAAGAUGACCGAGGCAAUGACCUACACUGGGUUGACCCUGGGAUUUUACGGAGGUAUCGCGUUCAUUGGUUGGAUCUAUCAGUUGCUGAUGGUCCCAGAGACCAAAGGAAAAACUCUGGAAGAGAUUGACGAUAUUUUCUCCAAGCCCACCUCGGUCCUCAUGGCCAUCAACUUGAAGAACACCAAGAGAGACUUUUACAACAUUUUUCACGGAAACUUUAAACAGGUGAUCAAAGGUGAUUCUGGUAUUUGA